AUGGCAGAAGAAAAGGCAGAGACGGUGAAGAACAAGCAGGUGCUGCUUAGAGACUACUUAAAUGGUUUCCCAAAAGAAUCAGACAUGAUUAUCAGCACUUGCAACAUAAUACGCUUGAAAAUCCCAGAAAACUCAAAUGGGAUUUUGCUCAGGAAUCUCUACUUGUCAUGCGAUCCUACCAUGCAUGGUCUAAUGAGAAAGCCCGAGUCUCCUAGGAGAACUUCCAUCCCUCCUUGCAAGCCUGGCUCUGUAAGUGGUGUUGAUUUUAUAGCAGGGAUGCCUGGUCUUACAGCCUAUGUUGGAUUCUAUGAAGUCUCCAAUCCCAAGAAAGGAGAAAGAGUAUAUGUAUCGGCAGCAUCUGGUGCAGUUGGUCAGCUUGUGGGACAAUAUGCAAAAUCUAUGGGAUGUUAUGUUGUUGGAAGUGCUGGAAGCAAAGAAAAGGUUGACCUUCUGAAGAACAAGUUUGGAUUUGAUGAUGCUUUCAAUUAUAAGGAGGAGCACGACUUGGAUGCUGCUUUGAAAAGGUACUUCCCUGAUGGGAUUGACAUCUACUUCGAGAAUGUUGGAGGAAGAAUGCUGGAUGCAGUACUUCUAAACAUGAGAAAGCACGGUCGAAUUGCUGUUUGUGGAAUGAUCUCACAAUACAAUCUUGAACAACCUGAAAGUGUAAGCAAUAUAGCCUGGCAUCUAUACAAACGCGUCCGGAUGGAAGGAUUUACUGUUUUCGAGUACUUACACCUUCACUCGAGGUUUUUGGACUUUGUACUGCCUGACAUCCGAAAGCAGAAGAUAACCUAUGUGGAAGACAUUGUUGAAGGGCUUGAAAAUGGCCCUGCAGCCCUUAUAGGUCUCUUUAACGGUCGCAAUGUUGGGAAACAACUAGUUGCAGUUGCCCAUGAAUGA